UGCGGGGUGACGUCACACUGCGCCUGCACGUCCUCCGUCUGGGCCGCUGUUUGACCACCGACGGAAAAACUCCUUUAUCCCCCGACAAAUCUCACCGCCGACCAUGGGUAACUGUCAGCCUACGAUUUAUCCCUACGAGGACUUCGAUGCGGUGGCAGACAUCAAGGCCAUCCGUAAAGCCUGCAAAGGGUUUGGAACCGACGAGAAGGCCAUCAUUGAGAUCCUGGCAAACCGCAGCGCAGAUCAGCGUCAGGAAAUCAAGCAGGCCUAUUUUGACAAGUAUGAUGAUGAACUAGUGGAUAAGUUGAAGAGUGAGCUUUCUGGGACCUUUGAGAAGGCCAUCCUGGCGAUGCUGGACGCUCCCAUCGUCUACGCCGUGAAGGAGCUCAGGAAGGCCAUGAAAGGAGCGGGCACCGACGAGGACGUGCUGGUGGAGCUCCUCUGCACCGCCACCAACCACGACAUUCUCCUGUUUAAAGAAUAUUACUUCCAGGUGCAUGAACGUGAUCUGGAAGCAGAUAUCGAGGGAGAUACGAGCGGGGACGUUAGAAACCUUCUCACUGCUCUUCUGCAGGGGACUCGAGAUGAAAGUUACGAAGUGGACGACGAGCUCGCUGAACAGGAUGCUACCGCGCUGUUCGAGGCUGGCGAGGCUUGCUUUGGGACGGAUGAAAACACCUUCACCUACAUUCUGGCCUCCAGAAACUACCUGCAGCUGCAGACCACCUUCAAGGAAUAUGAGAAGGUUUCUGGGACUGAAAUCCUGGAUGCCAUCGAAAACGAGACUUCUGGGACCCUGAAAAGGUGUUACAAAGCUCUUGUGAGAGUUGCUAAGAACCCCCAGCUGUAUUUUGCCAGACGACUGCACGAAGCAAUGAAAGGAGCAGGCACUGACGAGGACACCCUGAUACGCAUCAUUGUGUGUCGCUCUGAGUACGACUUGGAGACCAUCAAGGACAUGUAUCUGGAGAAAUACGACGUGUCUCUGAAAGACGCGCUGCGGGACGAAUGCAGCGGCGACUUUAAACGUCUCCUCCUGGCGAUCUGCCACUGAAAACACGUCCGCUAACAAAAUAACUGUUCUCAGUCUCUGUUUGACGUUCUGUGGGAUCAGGAGGGUGCUGAAGUGAUGGAAUUAUUUACUCAUAAGUCUCGUAAGUGUGUGAACUCUGUCAACUACAGCCCUCUUUUACAGUCAGGUUUUUAGCGGCAAUUCCUGCCGUCUUUACCAGCGUUUCUAAGAUGCUGAUGGAUGUUACUGUCACUACAAAAAGCACCAAUAUUUCUGUGUUUCCUACGUAAAUAAGAGUCAGCUGAAGUCACACUGAUGUCAUAACAACUAGGGUGUGAUCAGACCUUAACAGUUUGAUAGGAUAACUAAAUUCUGAUCAUAAGCCAAGUUUUAACCUCAGUAUGUGCCCCUGCUGAAUUUGAUAAGUUACAUUUUUCCUCGUAAAUUAAUUUUAAAAGAAAAGAAUAUUGAUUUAGGGGAAAUAAUUCUUUAUCAUCUUCGUCACCCUUCAUGAUCCAGAAGCGAACACUUUUGUUACGACUAAUGCAAUCACUCCAUAUGGCUUGAAGUUUUUACUUUUAAAAUGAUGAAAAGUGAAAGUUUGUAUUGAAGGACUACGUGUGGGUAUUAUGAAGGAAAUGUGAUGUGAAAGAUCUUUCUGGAUUGUUUUCACAGCUGAUCCACAAAACAGUUUAUAUCCGUCAUCAGUUGCUUGCUGAGAGAAACUAUAUUGAUUUAGAAUAUGUUAGAAUUUACAGUAUUUGUCCUGUUAAACCAGAAUAACUUGAUAAAUCUAAGUACCUUCUUAUAAACGUAUUUUAUAUGUUAUGAUUAACAAAGAAUGGAAUUAAUAUAUAGUAUCAUGUAGUUACUACUACUACUACUUAUCGUCAUUUAGACGCUUUUAUCCAAAGCGAGUUACAUCAUAGUUGACUGUUUUAGUUCAGAGGUUAUAUGUGAAAAGAAACGUGAAUAUGUAUCUUAUUUCAGCUGAGAAUGUAACAUCUGGACGAUGAUGUCUUUGUCAUUUUUGUGUCCGUUUACGGCAGCUUAGAUUUGUAAUUAUGAACGACCAGUAUUUUCGAGCUAAGUGGACACUCAGCUGCAGCAGCAGAAAGUCACAACUGGACGUUAGUUGUUCACCUCUCUGUAGCCAAAGAAUCCUAAUCCAAACACUAAUAAAGUUCAGUUUAACGUCCUGAUUUCAUGA